AUGCCUGCUCUCCGCACUCGCGAUACCCAAUCCCGAUCACUUGAAGUGACCACGGACGCACCAGCACCGCCCUCUCUCGCUAUCGUUUCCCCGACGCCCCGCGCAUUCACCUUCCCUGUAACGCACAAUCUCUCCUCCGACAGUCCUUCCUCCUCUCCCUCAAGUUCUCCCUUCGAGCCUGAACGAGAUGCCUUUGCCUUCACGAACCCCUUCUCCUCCAACGUCCAGAUCCGAGGGCUCGCACCAGUCUCAAUACCCACGCCUCCUCCCUUCCUCCCGCAACAACCUUACGCACGACCGUUGACGCCCGACUCCCUCCGUUCAUCAUCACCCACUCCCUCGACGAAGCGCCGGAAAUCAUCCGCGAGCAGUGAGACUUCGGAGCGGAGACCGAAGAAGGGUGAUGAAGAUUACAUCAAGCGCCCGGAAAACGCCUUCAUCCUCUUCCGACGCAAGUGCUGUGAAGACCGCCAGGCAGCCGCGGAAGAGGCUGCGCAGCUCGCCGAUGGACCUCUGAAGAAGCAACGGCAAGCGGAUCUAUCCAAGACGAUCAGCCAGCAGUGGAAGAGCUUGUCGGCGGAGGAGAAGGCGUACUGGGAGAACCUGGCCAAGGAGAAGAAGAAGGAGCACGAGUUGAUGUACCCGAAUUAUGUGUAUCGGCCGCAGAGGCAGAAGGACAAGGAUGGACGGUCGAAGAAUAAGCGGUCGGCGUCGAAGAAGCGGGGGAGGGAGGAGGGGAGGGAUGGUGAGGCAAGUGUUUCGUUCGUCGUUCCUGUUGCCCCUCGUCAUUACGGUCGUUCGACGUCGGCACCGACGCCACCGCCCUACCAGGCCAUCAAGAUCCCUCAGGUCUACCACCUCACACCCUCCGCCCCAACCUCCCCGUCCCUCAUCCCCAUGAUCACCCGUCAAUCAUCCGGUUCGAUCGACUCUAUGAACAACUUCGACUUUGUCCCAACGCAGAGUUACGUCCCACCUCCGUUCCCGUCGUCGAAUUCACUCGACGCAAGUCUCCAGUCUGCCGAGUUCAUGCGAAACAUGUUCACCGUGCCCGGUCAAGUCCGCAAGCCAGGUCCAUCACCCCUGCAACAGCUCGCUAUGGGCAUGCAGCAGCAAUCCUCCUCCGACUCUCCCUCCAACUCCGCUCCUCCCGCGCCCCCAGCCCUCCACAUCAUCUCCCCCGCAUCUUCCAUCAGCUCCGGUUCGUCCGGUCCCUCCUCGCCAACGACAGGGCCUUUCACACCCUCCUCCGCCCCGCUCGACCCCAACGCCUUCCUCGCUAUGGCCAACACCGCCGACCUCGGCUUGUUCGACUUCAACAACGGCAUCCCCACACAAGCCGAGCUCGAUCUCCAAGCCGAGAUGCAGCAACAAAACGACUUGUCGCAUCUCACCUGGUCAGACUGGCCCACCGCCCCCGCGAUGCUCGACAACAACUGGGACGUCAACUCCAUCCCCUCAGCAUUGCUCGGCGACCAGGCGAUGGCCUUCUCGGCACCCAACGUGUCGGGCAAGUCGUUCGGUGUCGUCGGUGCAGACGGUCUGUGUGGGACUGGACUCGAGUUUGGUCAUGACUUUGCGCAGGCGCUGGAGGGCGGGUUCGAUUCGAAUCCGCUGCUGGGAGGAUACGAUGAUCUGAUGGCUGGGAGUGCGUUCGCUGCUGCUGCGUAA